AUGGAGGUAGAGUGGAUUCUGUUGUGCCAUGGCUUAGUGACAACGCUUGUUCUAGUCUCCUUCCUCUGUGGCCAAUGGCCCAUCUUCGAAGGCACGCCCAUCCAACGCAUCCACCACUUUCUCACCUUCGGCGCCUACGAUUACUUUCAGUUCAGUAAUCAACGAUUUGUUGGGUUUGUUUUUGGGGCCAAGGGAACUAAUGCCAUUUCCUCCGUGGAGUAUUUCUGCUGUGAUCGACCCAAUCCAAUUUUGCAGAUAAUAUAUCUUGCAAUUGUAGGAGGAACGUAUUUCUUAGUUGCAAAUUCUUCCUUCGGUUACAUUCCUGGCUAUUAUAUAGGUGAAAUUCACAGGUAUACAAGCUUGUUGGCUGUUGGCGUCGGUGUUCUGCUCUUUCUAUUAACUAGCUUUUCUGAUCCAGGAACAGUGAAGGCUGAUAAUGUUUCUCAGUAUCUCUCUGCUUAUCCCUAUGACAAUGUUAUAUACUCUGAGAAAGAAUGUUCAACAUGCAAAAUUCCAAAACCUGCCAGGUCUAAGCAUUGCAGCAUAUGUGAUCGCUGUGUUGCCCGCUUUGACCAUCAUUGUGGAUGGAUGAAUAAUUGCAUAGGUGAGAGAAACAUCCAGUACUUCAUGGCAUUUCUUUUGUGGCACACCUUACUUUGCAUAUAUGGAACAGUGGCCAUUGGGUUAAUUCUUGCUGGACAAAUUAAAGAAUUUAAAGUUAUUGAUAUCCUAACUGUUUAUUACGGUAUAGAAAAUUCUUUUCGCAGUUUAUCACCGCAUGUUGUGCAGUGGUUGUUGGGGGCCUACAACACUCAAAUACUUCUUAUGGUGUUUCUUGCAAUAGUUUCACUGUCAUUGGCAGGUUUCUUUGGUUACCAUGCAAAACUUUGUCUCACAAAUACUACGACCAACGAGACUUUCAAGUGGCAAGAGUAUGUAAGCUGGCAGAGGAAGCUAAAUGAAGCAAGGGCGAGUUCUGCAGCACUAAAAGCAAGUAUCAAUGGGAUGAGUAGUGAAAGAAAACCUCCAGAGAACAAAUGGAGAGCCAUGUUCCGAAGAUCCCCACUUAAAGAUGUUGAGGUUGUGGUUACGAAUAACAUAUAUGACAAAGGAUUCUUUCAGAAUAUUCUUGAGAUCAUCAUGCCCCUCUCAAGAAGACAAUUGUCUCUGCGAACCAAAUCGAAGUCUGGCUGA